AUGAGCUUCCCAAACGGCAACGGCACACACGACAAGGAUGCGCAUGAUGACUUUGGAGACAUCAACCUCGGGGACAUGAACACUGCAGAGUUCAUGAACCCCGCAAAGCGUGAAAGCUAUGCUGCCCAUUCUCACUCGGAGAUUCAAACAGACUAUACAUACGGAAAUGGUCACUCCAACGACUUUAACACUCCACAGGCGCCAGGCGGACUGCACCGCUCCCUGUCGGAUCGGCACAUCUCGUUCAUUGGGUUCGGCGGCGGCAUUGGUGUUGGUCUAUUUGUCGGUAUCGGGCAGUCACUCGCUGCAGCAGGACCGUUGGGCAUCUUCCUCUCCUUCGCCAUUACAGGUACAUUGGUGUGGUGUGUAAUUCAAUCCAUCGGCGAGAUCAUCACCAAAUACCCUGUUGAGGCGACGUUUCCGGGGCUAGGCACACGUUUCGUCGACCCAGCAGUCGGCUUCACGAUCGGAUGGACAUACUGGCUUAACAUGGCCAUCUCGGUGGCAGUCGAGGUCACGGCAAUUGGAAUUCUAGUCGAGUACUGGAUCACGAGCGUCAGCGCGGCUGUGUGGAUCGCCAUCGCACUCGUCGCUAUCUACGGCUUCAACAUGCUCCCCGUUAGAUGGUAUGGGGAAGCCGAGGUGGCGACGUCUUGCAUCAAGGUGAUCACGCUUCUCGGACUCAUGAUUUGCUCACUGGUCAUCACCCUCGGUGGCGCGCCAGACCAUCAUCGCCGCGGCUUCGAGUACUGGCGCAACCCCGGCCCGUUUGUCCAAUUUCUUGGCAUCCCAGGCGACCUUGGCCGCUUCCUUGGCUUCUUCUACACACUCACAAACGCCGCUUUUGCGUACGGUGGCACCGAGGUCAUUGUUCUUGCUGGUGCCGAGGCCAAGAACCCGUCCAGACAGAUCCCACGCAACGUGCAACUGUUUGUCUAUCGCCUGCUCUUCUUCUACGUGAUCGGCUCGCUCUUCAUUGGCAUGAUUGUCCCGUCCAACCACCCGGACCUCGUGAACCAGCAGGCCAACGCCGCGUCGUCGCCGUGGGUCAUUGCCAUCAAGACUGCAGGCAUACACGCCCUUCCUUCGAUUGUCAACGCCGCGAUCAUCACGUCGGCGUGGUCGGCAGGCAACACGUACAUGUACAUUGCCUCGCGCACGCUCCGCGGCAUCGCACUCACGGGUCAGGCACCUCGCUUCCUCACCAAGACGACCAAGCAGGGCGUGCCAAUCUAUGCCGUUCUCUGCACGGCACCCCUCGGACUGCUCGGCUUCCUCUCGGUAGGCUCUGGCGGUGCGCCGCAGGCCUUUGACUGGCUCCAGUCGCUCAUCUCGCUCAACAACAUUAUCAACUGGGGUCUUCUCGCUUUCACCUACCUGCGUUUCUACAAGGCCAUGCAAGCGCAGGACAUCAGCCGCCGCACGCUGGUAUGGUAUGGCCGUUUCCAGCCAUAUUCGGCUUGGUUUGCCGUCAUCUUUUCGUCUAUUGUGUGUGUCUUCAAGGGCUUCCCAGUGUUUAUCACGUAUGGCGGGCGCAAGUUUGACGGCGCCGACUUUGUCGCAAGCUAUAUCAGCUUUGUGCUCUACUUGGUCCCGUAUCUCGGGUACAAGGUGAUCAAGCGAAGCAAGAUGGUCAAGCCGUCCGAGGCCGACCUGACGUCGGGCAUCAUCAACCCGUGGGACAUUUCCGAAGAGCGAGAACCAACAACGUGGUACGGCAAGGUGUGGCGGGCAAUUACGUAG